GGCUGAGAGUGCUAUAAGAACGGAGAUGAGCCGGGCUGGGAGACCCAUCCGAGACUCGCGUCCCCAGCAGUAGUAGUGCCCGCAACGAGUGCUCCGGACAACUUCACCAACUAACCGCCAUCAUGCAAAAGCUCGUCAUCCUUCUGGCCUGCAUCUGCGUUGCCGCCGCACAGCGGGGCUUCGCGCCGGUGGAGAACUACCCGCCGAUCCCGUACUCCUUCAACUACGCCAACCAGGACGCCGAGGGCUCGCACACGCACGAAGAGAGCGGCGACGGCAACGGACGAGUCCAGGGCCGCUACACCCUCUCGCUGGCCGACGGCCGCACUCGUACCGUGACCUACACGGCCGACGAGAACGGCUACCGCGCCGAGGUCGUCACCAACGAGCAGGGCACUGAGUCCAAGAACCCCGCCGACGUCGUGUUUCAGUCGAGCGCCCUGCCGGGACCCGAGGCCGCCAUCGCCAACGAGCCCAACCGCCUCAGGGGCUAGGUUGCCUUGAGCAAGCUUCCCUUCUGACCACCUCCGCUUCCUGUGUGUGACUCCGUGUAUAACGGUUACGGAAAAAAGAAAUAUACCAGGCGCCCGUGUUAUGGCUCGCAUGCGGCGUGCCGAGCGGGCGUUGUAAAUUUUUCUUCCUCCUUCCCUGUCGACACCCUCCCGCUGUGUCUCGUUGUUUCUGUGCUUUGUUCGUGUUCUUUUGUGGUCGUCUAUGUGUAUCUGUUGCGCCGGGUAGGUGUUCGUCAUGUCCUUGUUGGUCCCUCUGUAUCACACCGUGUCGUCUCCCCUUGUACAACUCGAUAUCACCUCGUUGAGAUUGAAGUUGCCGCUGCCUCAAGUGACACCACAGGGUAAUCGUCUUCUGUGAUGGGUGCCUUGCUGUUUCGAUUUAUCUUUGUUAUUUUAUGUCGCCUUCGCUAUGGAAGCUGGUCGGUGCAGCCGCUGGUCUACGGCUUCUCGUCUGGGAAGUGUAUCUACCCUCCCAAGCGAGAUCUCUUGCAGCAUCUAUCUUCCGUUCCUAGUUCAGAACCUCCUCAUCAAUUCGCCGGGUUGGCGCACUCAAUGCUCCACACGUGGGUCGCUCAUGAGUGUUUGUCCCGACUUGCCGAGUCACCUUGUCAUCGCCACCCACUAAGCGCCUCGCUCCCACUACGCGCCGCUGCUAUGGAAAAACAACAGCUUUCCGUUGUUGUGAACCUUGGUUGUAUUUUUUUUGUUUUUGUUUUGACGUGUGCUCAAUAAACAAUGUCAUUCGUACAUGA